CGCAGCCGGCGAGGCAGCGCCUUAGCAUGUCCCCCCUGGGCCCGUGGGUGCCGAGGGACCCCGCGUGGCUGCGCGUGGUCUGGGUCGCGGCACUGGGGCUGGGCUCCGUCUGCAUCUGGGUCCUGUUCCUGGUGUGCUCCCUGUGGGGCCGGCAGCCUGUGCGCCCCGGGGCCCAGCCGCUGGCAGGCAAGCAGUCGGGAGGUGGGAGAUCUCAGGCCAGCUCAGAGAAGAGAAGGAAGAAGGGUGCGAAGCAGAACCCUGCUCGCAGCCGGCGGGAGCAGCCCCAGGGAGCACGGGGGCCGCUGAACAAGGAGCCCAGGACAGCCAGCACACGAGUGGCAGCCCACAGACAGGAGCUGAUGUCUGCUGGCAGGAAGGAGAAGUCUAGGAUGGCAGAGGAGAGUUCAAGUGGUAGCAGCAGCUCCCCUAGCCCUGGGGACACUCUCCCUUGGAACCUGGCCAAGCACCAGAGGACGAAAAGAACCAAGUCGUCCUCGGGCAGCGGGACCGUGCUGGACCCGGCGGAGAGAGCCGUGAUCCGCAUCGCAGAUGAGCGAGACCGGGUCCAGAAGAAAACCUUCACCAAAUGGGUCAACAAGCACCUCAUCAAGGCUCAGCGCCAUGUCAGCGACCUGUACGAGGACCUGCGGGAUGGCCACAACCUCAUCUCGCUGCUGGAGGUGCUCUCGGGGGACACGCUGCCCCGCGAGAAGGGGCGAAUGCGCUUCCAUAAACUGCAGAAUGUGCAGAUUGCCCUGGAUUACCUGAAACACCGGCAGGUGAAGCUGGUGAACAUCCGCAACGAUGACAUCGCCGACGGCAACCCCAAGCUCACGCUGGGCCUCAUCUGGACCAUCAUCCUCCACUUCCAGAUCUCGGACAUCCAGGUGAGCGGGCAGUCCGAGGACAUGACGGCCAAGGAGAAGCUGCUGCUGUGGUCACAGCGCAUGGUGGAGGGCUAUCAGGGCCUGCGCUGCGACAACUUCACCACCAGCUGGCGGGACGGGCGUCUCUUUAACGCCAUCAUCCACCAUCACAAACCCAUGCUCAUCGACAUGAACAAGGUGUAUCGCCAGACCAACCUGGAGAACCUGGACCAGGCCUUCACCGUGGCCGAGCGGGACUUGGGGGUGACGCGCCUGCUGGACCCUGAAGAUGUGGACGUGCCCCAGCCGGACGAGAAGUCCAUCAUCACCUACGUCUCGUCGCUGUAUGACGUCAUGCCCCGCGUGCCUGACGUGUCGGUCGGCCUCAAGGCCAAUGAGCUGCAGCUGCGGUGGCAGGAGUACCGCGAGGUGGUGACGGCACUGCUGCAGUGGAUUCGCAAUCACACCGUCAUCUUCGAGGAGCGCAAGGUGCCGGGGAGCUACGAGGAGAUCGAGCUCCUCUGGCGCCAGUUCCUGAAGUUCAAGGAAACCGAGCUCCCGGCCAAGGAGGCCGACAAGAACCGCUCCAGGGUCAUUUACCAGUCGCUGGAGGGCACGGUGCAGGCCGGGCAGCUGCAAGUGUCCCCCGGCUACCACCCCCUGGACGUGGAGAAGGAGUGGGGCAAGCUGCAUGUCGCCAUUCUGGAGCGCGAGAAGCUGCUUCGCGCUGAGUUCGAGAGGUUGGAGCGGCUGCAGCGCAUCGUCAGCAAGCUGCAGAUGGAGUCGGGGGUGUGCGAGGAGCAGCUGAACCAGGCCGACACCCUGCUGCAGUCGGACAUCCGGCUGCUGAACGCCGGGAAGCAGCCGCAGAAGGCGGCCGAGAUCGAGCGGGACCUGGACAAGGCAGACGCCAUGAUCCGCCUGCUCUUCAAUGAUGUGCAGGCCCUGAAGGACGGGCGCCAUCCGCAGGGCGAGCAGAUGUACCGCAGGGUGUACCGCCUGCACGAGCGCCUGGUCGCCAUCCGCACCGAGUACAACCUGCGCCUGAAGUCGGGCUCCCUGCAGCCGGCCCAGGUGGCCAUGCCCCUCGGCCAGCGGCCCCGGCAGGAGCUGGACGACGUCACGCUGUGCUACCUGCAGGACCUGCUGGCCUGGGUGGAGGAGAACCAGAGGCGGCUCAACGGCGCCGAGUGGGGCGUGGACCUGCCCACGGUGGAGUCGCAGCUGGGCAGCCACCGGGGCCUGCACCAGUCCAUCGACGAGUUCCGGGCCAAGAUCGAGCGGGCGCGAGCCGACGAGGCCCAGCUCUCGCCCGGCCCGCGCAGCGCCUACCGAGACUGCCUGGGCCAGCUAGACCUGCAGUACGCCCAGCUGCUGAACAUGUCCAAGGCGCGGCUGCGGCACCUGGAGAGCCUGCAGGCCUUCGUGGCCGCCGCCACCCGGGAGCUGAUGUGGCUGAGCGAGAAGGAGGAGGAGGAGGUGAACUACGACUGGAGCGACCGCAACCCCAACAUGACGGCCAAGAAGGAGAACUACUCGGGGCUGAUGCGGGAGCUGGAGCUGCGGGAGCGUAAGAUAAAGGAGAUUCAGAGCACGGGGGACAGGCUGCUGCAUGAGGAGCACCCGGGCAGGCAGACUGUGGAGGCCUUCCAGGCGGCGCUGCAGACCCAGUGGAGCUGGAUGCUCCAGCUAUGCUGCUGCAUCGAGGCCCAUCUGAAGGAGAACACGGCCUACUUCCAGUUCUUCUCAGACGUGAAGGAGGCCGAGGAGUUCCUGAGAAAGACUCAGGAGAGCAUGAAGAAGAAAUACUCGUGCGACCGCACCAUCACUGUGACACGCCUCGAGGACCUGCUACAAGAUGCCCUUGAGGAGAAGGAGCAGAUCACGGAGUACAAAGGGCACCUGACGGGGCUGGCCAAGCGGGCCAAAGCCAUCGUGCAGCUCAGGCCGCGUAACCCGGGCACCCCACUCAAGGGCCGGCUGCCAGUGCAGGCCGUGUGUGACUACAAGCAGGUGGAGAUCACGGUGCACAAGGGAGACGAGUGCGUCCUGCUGAGCAACGCCCAGCCCUCCAAGUGGAAGGUGCUCAGUGGCUCGGGGAGCGAGUCCGUCGUGCCGUCCGUCUGCUUCCUCGUACCCCCGCCCAACAGGGAGGCGCUGGACGCCGUCAGCAGGCUGGACGUCAGCCACCAGCACGUGGUGACGCUGUGGCACCAGCUGCACGUGGAUAUGAAGAGCCUCCUGUCCUGGCAGUACCUGGUCCGGGACAUCCAGCAGAUCCAGUCCUGGUCCCUGCUCGUGUUCCGGACGCUGCAGCCCGAGGAUUACCGGCAGACGCUGCGCAGCCUGGAGACCCAUUUCCAGGAGUUCAUGCGCGACAGCCAGGACUCGCAGAGCUUCCUGCCGGACGACCGGCUGCAGAUGGAGCGCGAGUACAGGGCCUGCACCCAGAAAUACGAGCACCUGCUGCACAGCCUGGAGAAAGGCGAGCAGGACGAGUCCAUGUGCAAGAGCUACAUCUCCCAGCUGAAGGACAUCCGGCUGCAGCUGGAGGGCUGCGAGUCCCGCACUGUCCACAAGAUCCGAGCGCCCCUCGACAAGGACCCGGUCAAGGAGUGUGCCCAGCGCAUCAGUGAGCAGCAGCAAAUCCAUGUGGAGCUGGAGGGCAUCCGGAAGAGCCUGGAGAAGGUGAGCGCGAAGACGGAGAAGGUGCUGGCCCAGCCGGAGCACUCGAGCUCGGCCCCAGUCCUGCGCUCGGAGCUGGAGAUCACUCUCCAGAAGAUGGACCAGGUGUACAGCCUCUCCACCAUCUACCUGGAGAAGGACUCUGUCUACGCUGUGCCCCCCAAUCAUCAUUUCUUUGCUGUCUGUCUGGAAGAGAAGCUGCUCCGGGUGCUGGGCGCUGGCGGUUACGUGGGUGAGGGCUGUGAGGAGCUCCAAGGGUCCCAGCUGAGCCGAGAGAACGGGCAGCGCGCGGGAGCCAGGGUACUUGUGUGUCCCAGGAGACGGGGUUUCUCCCUAGCAGAGCCCCAGGCUGGGGGGUGCAGGCUGGGAUCCCGCGGAGCCUGUGGAGGGGGUCGCUGGCUCCUGGAUCUCUGCCAGUCUCUGACGCGGGCUCUUCUCCCCCAGGAUUAUGAGCUGCAGUUGGUGACGUACAAGGCCCAGGUGGAACCCGUGGCUUCCCCAGCCAAGAAACCCAAAGUGCAGUCUGCAUCUGACAGCGUGAUCCAGGAGUACGUGGACCUGCGGACACAGUACAGCGAGCUGACCACUCUCACCAGCCAGUACAUUAAGUUCAUCAGCGAGACCCUGCGGCGGCUGGAGGAGGAGGAGAGAGCCGCGGAGAAGCUGAAGGAGCAGGAGAGGAAGCGGCUGGAGGAGGUGGAGGCCCAGCUGGAGAAGCAGAAGCAGCUGGCCGAGGCGCACGCCAAAGCCAAGGCGCAGGCUGAGAAGGAGGCGCAGGAGCUGCAGCGCCGCAUGCACGAGGAGGUCUCCAAGAGGGAGGUGGUGGCUGUGGACGCCGAACAGCAGAAGCAGAACAUCCAGCAGGAACUGAUGCAGCUGAAGCAGAACUCGGACACCCAGAUCAAAUCCAAGGACAAGCUGAUCGAGGAGGUGGAGUACAGCCGCAGGAAGGUGGAGGAGGAGAUCCACAUCAUCCGCCUGCAGCUCGAGACCUCCGAGAAGCAGAAGUCCAGCGCGGAGACUGAGCUGCGGGAGCUGCGGGCCCGGGCCGAGGAGGCCGAGCGGCAGAAGAAGCUGGCCCAGGAGGAGGCCGAGCGCCUGCGCAAGCAGGUGAAGGAUGAGACGCAGAAGAAGCGGGAGGCGGAGGAGGAGCUGAACCGCAAGGUACAGGCAGAGAAGAACGCGGCCCGGGAGAAACAGAAGGCGAUGGAGGACCUGGAGAAGCUGCGCAUGCAGGCGGAGGAGGCAGAGCGGAGGAUGAAACAGGCUGAGCUGGAGAAGGAGCGGCAGAUCCAGGUGGCUCAGGAAAUGGCGCAGAAGAGCGCGGAGACCGAGCUGCACAGCAAGCGCCUGUCCUUCGCCGAGAAGACAGCCCAGCUGGAGAUGUCCCUGAAGCAGGAGCACAUCACAGUCACCCACCUGCAGGAGGAGGCAGAGCGCCUGAAGAAGCAGCAGCUGGAGGCCGAGAAAUCCAGGGAGGAGGCCGAGAAGGAGCUGGAGAAGUGGCGGCAGAAGGCGAACGAGGCCCUGCGCCUCCGGCUGCAGGCAGAGGAGGUGGCGCACAAGAAGACCCUGGCUCAGGAGGAGGCUGAGAAGCAGAAGGAGGAUGCGGAGAGGGAGGCCAGGAAGCGGGCGAAGAUGGAGGAGUCUGCCCUGCGGCAGAAGGAGCUGGCUGAGGAGGAGUUGGAGAAGCAGAGGAAGCUGGCAGAGGGCACCGCCCAGCAGAAGUUCUCGGCUGAGCAGGAGUUGAUCCGGCUGAAGGCGGAGAUGGAGAACCGGGAGCAGCAACGCCUGCUGCUGGAGGAGGAGCUCUUCCGCCUGAAGAACGAGAUCAGCGAGGCCAUUCAUAAGAGGAAGGAGGUGGAGGAGGAGCUGGCCAAGCUGCGUGCCGAGAUGGAGAUCCUCCUGCAGAGCAAGGCCAAGGCGGAGGAGGAUUCCCGCUCCACCAGCGAGAAGUCCAAGCAGAAGCUGGAAGCCGAGGCCAGCAAGCUACGGGAGCUGGCCGAGGAGGCGGCUCGGCUGCGCGCGCUGUCGGAGGAGGCCAAGCGGCAGCGGCAGCUGGCCGAGGAGGAGGCGGCCCGGCAGCGAGCCGAGGCCGAGAGGAUCCUGAAGGAGAAACUGGCCGCCAUCAGUGAGGCCUCCCGGCUGAAGACAGAGGCAGAGAUCGCCCUGAAGGAGAAGGAGGCGGAGAACGAGCGGCUGCGGCGGCUGGCGGAGGACGAGGCCUACCAGCGCAAGCUGCUGGAGGAGCAGGCCGCCCAGCACAAGCAAGACAUCGAGGAGAAGAUCGCCCUGCUGAAGAAGUCCUCUCACACCGAGCUGGAGCGGCAGAAGGGCCUUGUGGAUGAUACGCUGAAGCAGCGGCGCAUCAUCGAGGAGGAGAUCCGCAUCCUCAAGAUCAACUUUGAGAAGGCGUCGGCGGGCAAGACGGACCUGGAGCUGGAGCUGAGCCGGAUCAAGAGCAGCGCGGAGGAGAUCCAGCGCAGCAAGGAGAAGGCCGAGCAGGAGGCUGAGAAGCAGCGGCAGCUGGCCCUGGAGGAGGAGAACCGCCGCAGGGAGGCCGAGGAGAAGGUGAAGAAGAUCUUGGCUGCGGAGCAGGAAGCCGCCCGGCAGCGCAAGGUGGCCCUGGACGAGGUGGAGCGCCUGAAAGCCAAGGUGGAGGAGGCCAAGAGGCAGAAGGAGCUGGCGGAGAAGGAGUCGGAAAGGCAGAUCCAGCUGGCCCAGGAAGCCGCUCAGAAGAGGAUUCAGGCCGAGGAGAAGGCCCACCUGGCUACUGUGCAGCAGAAGGAGCAGGAGCUGCUGCAGACGCGGCGCCAGGAACAGAACAUCCUGGACAAGCUGAGGGAAGAGGCCGAGAAGGCCAAGAAAGCGGCGGAGGAGGCAGAGUUUGCUCGUGUCAAGGCUGAGCAGGAUGCGGCCCUGUCCCGGCAGCAGGUGGAGGAGGCGGAGCGUCUGAAGCAGCGAGCUGAGGAGGAGGCGCAGGCCAAAGCCCGAGCCCAGGAGGACGCGGAGAAGCUCCGGAAGGAGGCCGAGCUGGAGGCGGCGAAGCGGGCCCAAGCCGAGCAGGCAGCUCUGAAGCAAAAGCAGCUGGCUGACGCCGACAUGGAGAAGCACAAGAAGUUUGCGGAGCAGACGCUGAGGCAGAAGGCCCAGGUGGAGCAGGAGCUGACCAAGGUCAAGCUGCAGCUGGAGGAGACGGACCACCAGAAGAGUAUCCUGGACGAGGAGCUGCAGCGGCUGAAGGAGGAGGUGACGGACGCCAUGAGGCAGAAGGCCCAGGUGGAGGAAGAGCUCUUCAAGGUGAAGAUCCAGAUGGAGGAGCUGAUCAAACUGAAGACCCGGAUCGAGGAGGAGAACAAGGUGCUGAUCCUGAAGGACAAGGACAACACGCAGAAGUUCCUGGUGGAGGAGGCCGAGAAGAUGAAGCUCGUGGCGGAGGAGGCUGCUCGCCUGAGCGUGGAGGCGCAGGAGGCCGCCCGCAUGCGGAAGCUGGCGGAGGACGACCUGGCGCAGCAGCGGGCGCUGGCGGAGAAGAUGCUGAAGGAGAAGAUGCAGGCCGUGCAGGAGGCCACGCGGCUGAAGGCGGAGGCCGAGAUGCUGCAGAGGCAGAAGGACCUAGCACAGGAGCACGCCAAGAAGCUCCAGGAGGACAAAGAGCAGAUGCAGCAGCGCCUGACUGAGGAGACCGAGGGCUUCCAGAAACUCCUGGAGGUUGAGCGCAAGCGGCAGCUGGAGAUCAUGGCCGAGGCCGAGCGCCUCAAGCUGCAUGUGACCGAGAUGAGCAUGGCCCAGGCCAAGGCCGAGGAGGACGCGAAGCGGUUCAAGAAGCAGGCGGAGGAGAUCAGCGAGAAGCUGCACAAGACGGAGCUGACCACCCAGGAGAAGAUGACGCUGGUCCACACGCUGGAGAUCCAGAGGCAGCAGAGCGACAGGGACGCGGAGAAUCUGAAGAGAGCGAUCGCUGAGCUGGAGAGGGAGAAGGAGAAGCUGAAGCGGGAGGCGGAGCUGCUGCAGCAGAGAUCAGAAGAGAUCCAGACGGCUCAGCAGGAACAGCUCCGUCAGGAGACUCAGAUACUCCAGCAGAGCUUCUUAACGGAGAAGGAUAGCCUGCUUCAGAAAGAGAGGUUCAUUGAGGAAGAGAAAGCUAAGUUGGAGAAACUCUUCAAAGAUGAGAUGAACAAAGCAGAGAACCUGAAGGCAGAGCAGGAGCGGCAGCAGAAGCAGAUGGAGCAGGAGAAACAGCAGCUGAAGGCCACCUUGGACGAUGCAAAGAAGAAGCAGAAAGAGGCGGAGAAAAAUGUCCAGCGUCAGCAGGAGGAGCUACAGCAGCUGGAAAAGCAGCGGCAGCAGCAAGAGAAACUCCUUGCCGAGGAAAACCAGAAGCUAAGGGAGAAACUGGCACAGCUGCAAGAGGAACAUAGGGCUGCGCUGGCCCAGACCCGAGAGAUUAUGAUCCAAACAGACGACAUUCCCGAGGAUGCAGUGAUUUUGCCGACCCAGCUGACUCCGACCAAAGCGGUGCCCAAUGGCAGAGACGCCGUGGAUGGCCUGGCUCAGAACGGGGAGCCGGAGUUUGCGUUUGAUGGCAUCCGGCAGAAGGUGUCUGCAGAGAAGCUGGUUGAGGCCGGCAUCCUGGGCAAAGAGAUCUUAGACAAGUUGGUGAAAGGGACGGUGACUGUGACCGAGCUCGCGCAGAGAGAUGACCUCAGGAAAUACCUGCAGGGCCGGAGCAGCAUCGCUGGCUUGCUCAUUAAACCCACCAACGAGAAGAUGAGCAUCUACAAGGCCAUGAAGAAACAGCUGCUGAGCCCAGGCACGGCACUCAUCCUCCUGGAAGCACAAGCUGCCUCUGGCUUCAUAAUUGACCCAGUGAGAAACAAGAGGCUCUCUGUAAACGAGGCUGUGAAAGAAGGAGUAAUUGGACCAGAGCUGCACAAUAAAAUGCUGUCUGCCGAGAGGGCGGUGACUGGGUACAGAGACCCCUACACCGGAGACAGGAUCUCCCUCUUCCAAGCCAUGACAAAAGACCUCAUUGUCCAAGACCAUGGCAUCCGCCUGCUGGAGGCCCAGAUCGCCACCGGCGGCAUCAUCGACCCCGUGCACAGUCACCGCCUGCCUUUGGAAGUGGCCUACAAGCGGGGCUACUUCGACGAAGAGAUGAACCAGACCCUGUCAGACCCCACAGACGACACCAAGGGCUUCUUCGACCCCAACACGCAUGAGAACCUCACCUACCUGCAGCUGAUGGAGAGAUGCGUGACUGACCCUGAGACUGGACUCUUCCUCUUGCCGCUCACCGACAGAGCAGCCAAAGGAGGGGACCUGGCCUACACGGAUCAAGAGGCCAAAGAUGUUUUCAAGAAGGCCACGGUGUCUGCCCCCUUCGGCACGUUCAAAGGAAAGACCGUGACCAUCUGGGAGAUCAUCAACUCGGAAUACUUUACCGAGGAGCAGAGGCGAGACCUGCUCCGGCAGUACAAGACUGGCAAGAUCACCGUGGAGAAGAUCAUCAAGAUCGUCAUCACCGUAAUGGAAGAGAGUGAGAAGAAGAGCCAGCUGUGCUUUGAAGGGCUCCGCGCGGCUGUCCCUGCCGCCGAGCUGCUGGAGAGCAAAAUCAUUGACAAAGAUCUCUACAACCAGCUGCACCAGGGCAAGAAGUCUGUGAAGGACGUGGCUGAUGCAGACGCCGUAAAGAGGUAUCUGAAGGGCACCGACACCAUUGCUGGCGUCCUGGUGGAGUCGACGGGGCAGAAGUUCGCGCUCUAUGACGCCCUGAAGAAAAACCUGUUGAAGCCAGAAGCUGCCCUGCCGCUGCUGGAGGCCCAGGCAGGCACGGGGUACAUCAUCGAUCCCGUUCGGAACGAGACGCUCUCGGUGGACGAGGCCGUGAGAGCUGGAACUGUCGGGCCAGAGUUCCAUGAGAAGCUGCUGUCUGCAGAGAAGGCUGUGACUGGCUACAAAGACCCAUACACCGGGCAGACUGUCUCCCUGUUCCAAGCCCUUAGGAAAGGCCUGAUCCCCAGUGACACCGGGCUUCGCCUGCUGGACGUCCAGCUGGCCACCGGUGGCAUAGUUGAUCCUGUGAACAGCCACCGCCUGCCGCUCGAUGUUGCCUGUAAGCGGGGCUACUUCGACGAGGAGACAAGCAAGGCCCUAUCCACUCCCAGCGACGACACCAAGGCCUUCUACGACCCCAACACUCAGGAGAAUCUCACCUACGCCCAGCUGCAGAAGAAAUGCCAACUGGACAAGCAGACCGGCCUCUCCCUGCUGCCCCUCUCAGACCAGGCCAUCCGGUCACAGCAAGAGGAGGUCUACACUGACAGCCAGGCGAAGGAGUCCCUGGACAAGGCCACCCUGGAGGUGCCAGCUGGCAGCCUGAAGGGCAGGACAGUGACAAUCUGGGAGCUGAUCCACUCUGAGUAUUUCACCGAGGAGCAAAGGAGGGAGCUGCUGCGACAGUACAAGACCGGCAAGGUCACCAUUGAGAAGAUCAUCAAGAUAAUGAUCACCAUCAUCGAGGAAACGGAGACCAAGAAGCAGGAGAAGCUGAUGUUCAGCGGCCUCCGAGCACCUGUGCCUGCUAGCGAGCUGCUGGAGUCUAGAGUCCUUAGCAAGGCCCAGUACGAGCAGCUCAAGGAAGGCAAGAAGACGGUGAAAGACCUCUCUGAGACGGACUCAGUGAAGAGGUUCCUGCGGGGCAGCGACUGCAUCGCUGGCAUCUACGUGGAAGACACGAAGGAGAAACUGAACCUCUACGAGGCCAUGAAGAGAAACCAGCUGAGGCCAAGCACUGCUGUCACCCUGUUGGAAGCUCAGGCAGCCAGUGGGUUCAUGGUCGACCCCGAAAGGAACCAAAAGCUGUGUGUCAAUGAGGCUGUGAAAGCCGGUCUCGUUGGGCCGGAGCUCCAUGAGAAGCUGCUCUCCGCGGAGAAGGCCGUCACUGGGUAUAAGGACCCCUACUCCGGGAACACCAUCUCCCUCUUCGAAGCCAUGAAGAAGGGGCUGAUCCUCAAGGAGCACGGCAUCCGCCUGCUGGAGGCCCAGGUCGCUACCGGCGGCAUCAUCGACCCUGUACACAGUCACCGCCUCCCCGUGGAGGUGGCUUACAAGCGGGGCUACUUCGACCAAGAGAUGAACCGGAUCCUCUCUGACCCCAGCGACGACACCAAGGGCUUCUUCGACCCCAACACACAGGAGAACCUCACCUACCUGCAGCUAAAGGAGAGGUGCAUCGAGGACCCCGAGACCGGCCUGUACCUCCUGCCCCUGAAGCAGCCGGAGAAGCCCACCAUGGUGGAAACGACCCAUGUGUACACGGAGGCAGAGACCCGGAAAGCAUUUGAGGAAACACAGGUCAGCAUCCCUGUGGGCAGCAUGGCCGGUUCCUCCAUGUCCCUGUGGGAGAUCAUGCAGUCAGACCUCAUCCCCGAGGAGCAGCGGAAGCGGCUGAUGGAGGAGUUCCGCUCCGGCCAGGUGACCAAGGAGCGCAUGAUCAUCAUCAUCAUUGAGAUCAUCGAGAAGACAGAGAUCGUCCGGCAGCAGGACCUGACCUCCUACGACUUUGUCCGGCGCCGGAUCACUGCCGACGACCUCUAUGAGGCCAGGAUCAUCUCCCUGGAGAUAUACAACCUGCUGAAGCAGGGCUCCAAGACCAUCCGAGAGAUCCUGGAGAUAGAGACCGUCUGGAAAUACCUGUACGGAACCGGCUGCAUAGCUGGCAUCUACAUCCCCUCCACCAAGCAGAAGCUCAGUGUCUAUCAGGCCCUGAAGAAAGGACUGAUCAGCCCUGAGGUAGCCCGCUCCCUGCUGGAGGCCCAGGCUGCCACUGGCUUCAUGAUCGACCCCAUAAAGAACGAGAUGCUGACGGUAGACGAAGCUGUCAGGAAAGGAGUGGUGGGGCCGGAAAUCCACGACCGGCUGCUGUCUGCAGAGAGAGCCGUGACCGGCUACAGGGACCCGUACAGCGAGCAGAAGAUCUCGCUCUUCCAGGCCAUGAAGAAGGAUCUGAUCCCCGCCGAGGAAGCCCUCCGGCUGCUGGACGCUCAGCUAGCCACUGGUGGCAUCAUCGACCCGUUCCUGGGGUUCCACCUGCCCCUGGAGAUCGCCUAUCAGCGUGGCUUCUUCAGCAAGGAGACUUGCGACAGGCUGUCGGAGCCCAGCGAGGUCCGGAGCUACGUGGACCCCUCCACGGACGAGAAGCUCAGCUACCUACAGCUCCUCAAGCGGUGCCGGAAGGACGAGAACAACGGCCAGCUGCUGCUGCCCCUGUGUGACACGAGGAAGCUGACCUUCCGGGGCCUGAGGAAGCAGAUCAGCGUGGAGGAGCUGGUGCGGUCCCAGGUCAUGGACGAAGCGACCGCCCAGCGCCUCCAAGAGGGCUUAACCUCCAUCGAAGAAGUCUCCAAAAACCUGCAGAAGUUCCUGGAGGGCACCAGCUGCAUCGCUGGUGUCUUCGUGGACUCCACCAAGGAGCGGCUCUCCGUGUACCAAGCCAUGAAGAAAGGCAUCAUCCGGCCUGGCACAGCGUUUGAGCUGCUGGAGGCCCAGGCAGCCACUGGGUACGUGAUUGACCCCAUCAAGGGCCUCAAACUGACGGUGGAGGAGGCGGUGCGGAUGGGCAUCGUGGGCCCAGAGUUCAAGGACAAGCUCAUUUCGGCAGAGAGGGCGGUGAUCGGUUACAAAGACCCCUACUCGGGCAAACUGAUCUCCCUCUUCCAGGCCAUGAAGAAGGGCCUGAUCCUGAAAGAUCAUGGGAUCCGUUUGCUAGAGGCCCAGAUCGCCACAGGAGGCAUUAUCGAUCCAGAGGAAAGCCAUCGCCUGCCCGUGGAGAUGGCCUACAAGCGGGGCCUGUUCGACGAGGAAAUGAACGAGAUCCUCCUGGACCCCAGCGAUGACACCAAGGGCUUCUUUGAUCCCAACACCGAGGAGAACCUGACCUACCUGCAGCUCAUGGAGCGGUGCAUCACCGACCCGGAGACCGGGCUGUGCCUGCUCCCUCUGAAGGAGAAGAAGCGGGAGAGAAAGACCUCGUCCAAGUCGUCUGUCCGCAAGCGCAGAGUGGUGAUCGUCGACCCAGAGACAGGGAAGGAGAUGUCAGUUUAUGAAGCCUAUCGCAAAGGCCUCAUUGACCACCAGACCUACCUGGAGCUCUCCGAGCAAGAGUGUGAGUGGGAAGAGAUCACCAUCUCCUCCUCCGACGGGGUGGUCAAGUCCAUGAUCAUCGACAGGAGGUCCGGGCGACAGUAUGACAUCGACGAAGCGAUUGCAAAGGGCCUGAUUGAUCAGUCUGCCCUGGACCAGUAUCGUUCCGGCACCCUGUCCAUCACCGAGUUCGCAGACAUGCUCUCUGGAAACGUGAGCGGCUUCCGAUCGAGAUCUUCUUCUGUUGGGUCCUCUUCCUCCUACCCCAUAAGCCCAUCCCCUGCCAGAGCUCAGCUGACAUCCUGGAGUGACCCUGCUGAGGAGACAGGUCCGAUUGCCGGGAUCCUGGACACGGACACCCUGGAGAAAGUGUCCAUCACGGAGGCCAUGCACCGCAAUCUCGUAGACAACAUCACCGGACAGAGGCUGCUGGAGUCCCAGGCCUGCACCGGAGGCAUCAUCGACCCCAGCACUGGGGAGAAAUUCUCUGUUGCUGAUGCAGUCAACAAGGGCCUGGUUGACAAAAUCAUGGUGGACAGGAUCAACCUCGCUCAGAAGGCCUUCUAUGGCUUUGAGGAUCCAAGAACCAAGACGAAAAUGUCGGCCGCCCAAGCCUUAAAGAAGGGCUGGCUGUACUACGAAGCCGGCCAGCGGUUCCUGGAGGUCCAGUACUUGACGGGUGGGCUGAUCGAGCCCGACGUGCCAGGCCGGGUCUCGCUUGAUGACGCGCUGCAGAAAGGCACAAUCGACACGCGCACCGCCCAAAAGCUGCGGGAUGUGAACACCUACUCCAAGUAUCUCACCUGCCCCAAAACGAAACUGAAGAUCUCCUACAAGGAUGCAAUGGACAGAAGCAUGGUGGAGGAGGGAACAGGCCUGCGCCUGCUGGAAGCUUCCUCCCAGUCCAGCAAAGGAUACUACAGCCCCUACAACGUCAGUGGCUCUGGCUCCACCUCUGGCUCUCGAUCGGGCUCCCGAACAGGAUCUAGAUCAGGCUCCAGGCGAGGGAGCGUUGAUGCCACCGGCUCCGGCUUCUCCAUGACCUUCUCUUCCUCCUCCUACUCUUCCUCCAGCUACGGACGCAGAUACACAUCAGGUCCCCAGAGCGACGUGGACGCCGCUGAACUCACACUCGCCUUGUCCAGCCUCUCCGGGAGCUGCGGAUGGGAAGCAAACAGGAAGCUCCCAGAACUGCAGAGGUCUCAGCUGACGGUGGCAUAAAGUCCCCUCCCUGCCUGCCCCAGCCCCCCAAGACACCGAGGAGCUUUCCCGUUGCUCCUGCUCUGCAUGUGGUAAAGCUGCUGGCUAAUCAUCCGAGGAUUACUUUUAAACCCCAAUUUUCUUCCAAAGCAGUGCCUAAAGUUUAACCAAAAAGACGAGACUAAUAUAUAUUAAUAUAUAUGAUUGUUGGGACAGUAUUUGUAUAUUUAGCGACGAGAGAGAGAGAGAACACACUACCCUCCAGCUCAGUAGCCCCGGAGCCUGCUUCCGUUCGUACCAUCUGCAGAGUAGACAAACCAGCCGCCGCCGAGCCGCCCCCCAGCCCGGCGGAACCUGCCGACAGUUUUGCAUUUUUGAUCCUAACCAGCUAGUGACUUUUUUUAUUAACUCUGCCAGCUUCAUCCCCAGCCAUCCCCAGAGGAGGAGAGGAUACUGUCCCCAGCGCCUAGACCGGCUGCUUCUGCCAGCUGCCCUCCCCUCUUCCCGUGAAAAGAGACUGUGACCUUGGACUGACCACGCUGUCCCUCUCAGUGCUUUGGCCCAGGACAGAACCUCUGCACACCAGCUCUGGAGCCGUUGCCUGGAUCCUUUCGGCUGGCCUUUGGCAGGGCGGGGGAGGAGGCUGCUGUCUGCUCCCUGCCUCCUCCCAAGAGCUCCUCAGCCUACCUCCCAGAACCUCCCCCAGCCACUGUGGACUCAGCCCUCCGACUACAUCUUUUUCCAGUCCCACCAAAGAAGUCCCCUUGCCACUGGGAGAAUUCCUUAGCUGGGUCUCUGACGUUAGCAAGUCCUGGAUCAGUUCCCGGGGAGCCCCGGACUCAGCAGCUCCUCGGCUGUACUCCUCCACAC